CGAGUCUUGUUAAGGCUUAACAUAUGAGUCCUCAUUGGUCAGUCAAGGCUUUCAGGGACAAGCUAGCAUACUCUGAAUGAAAAAAACUUGUGGUACAAAUACAAGGAGGUGAGCGUUACAGUCUCAUCAGCCUUGAUAACUCCAGGGAGGAUACUUCUUUCGACAAUGUUUGAGAUGGCCAUUAAAAUGGAUCCCUUUCUGAGGCUUUUCUGUGCCGUGUGGCUGCUCGGGACAGUACUGAGCCAGGAUAUGCGUUACGAGGAACUAAUGGCCCAAAUCGAAGCGUGCCCUCAAGAAUGCCGCUGCCCCUCCAACUUCCCUCGUGCGGUCUACUGUGACAAUAAAGGUCUGAAGAGCAUCCCCCGAAUCCCUCCGUUCACUUGGUACCUGUACCUGCAGAACAAUCAAAUACAAGUGGUCUCGGCAGACGCCCUGCGCAACGCUACCCAGCUGCGUUGGGUGAACCUGAGUCGCAACAAAAUCACGAGCGAGGGAGUGGAAAAAGGCACCGUGGAUGCAAUGUCACGCCUGGAACACCUCUACAUGGAUGACAACCUUUUGUCCUGGGUGCCGUUUCCUCUCCCGGCCAGUCUUGAGCACCUAAGUCUCUCUCGCAAUCGGAUCUCCAAGAUCCCUGACGGAGUCUUCUUCGGCCUGGAUAAAUUGACCUUCUUAGACCUGCAGGGGAAUAAGCUGAUGGAUGAUGCCGUGACCGAGGUGAGCCUGAAGGGUCUUAACAACCUGGUGCAGAUCAACCUCGCCAAGAACCAGCUAAGCAGCAUGCCUCUUGGCCUACCACCCACCACCACUCAGCUCUUCCUCGACGGUAACAACAUUGAUAAAAUCCCCAUGGGCUACUUCAAGGGUUUGCCCAAGAUGGCUUUCCUCAGGCUCAACCACAACAAGCUCGGCAGCAGCGGUGUUCCUAGCAACGUGUUCAACAUCUCCAGCAUCCUAGACCUGCAGCUUUCCCAUAACCUGCUCACUGAGGUGCCCCUGAUCCCUCCAGGACUGGAACAGCUGUACCUGGACCACAACAACAUUAAGAGUGUGAGUGGCUCCAACGUCUGCCCUAUAGACAUCAAUGCUUUGGAUGCUAACAACAGUGCUCCGCAACUGCGCUACCUCCGACUGGAUGGCAACGAUAUCGAACCGCCGAUUCCUAGGGAUGUCAUUCUGUGCUUCCGUCUCCUUAGGUCCAUUGUCAUAUAAAUUAAGAAACAAACAUAUUAAUUCACGCGAAGAACAGUCUAGAAACCGGACACCUGUGACAACCAAAAAGACCCAUUUUUAUUUUCAGGAAUUGUAAUCAAAUCCGGCAGUUUAAUGGACCACGAGCUGUGCCUUCAAUGUACAAAUCUGUUGAUCACUUAGAUAAUGACAUUGGAAGACCUUGUAUUUCAACCUUUUGGCCUCUGCUUGUUUUAUAUUGCUUUAAGAUGAGCUGUAGACUGACUAGUACUUGUGUACUUCUGUACUUUCGAAACAUUCAUAUUCACUAGUAGUAAUUUAUUUUGCAUUUGUGGUUCCUUUUUGGAUUCUGGUCUUUGUAUAUUUGAAAAAGUACGAUUUUCUCAUGUUGUUUUGAGUUUUAAUAAAAGGAUGUACGAAUCCAG